AUGUGGGCUCUAGAACCUGGUCGACUUCCGACCAAAUGCCAGCUCCCCAUCUUCAUGGGCUGUGCUACCUGCACAUGUAACUUAGCCACUUCAGCCCCAUUAACAGGCACCAUAGUUGCUAACCAGGAACUCGGCCAGGAAGUCCCAUUUGCUCCUCCCUGUGCUGUUCCCCAUGUGCUAAUCUGUUCCCGCUUGUCUGACAGGAGCCGCAAAGACAGCUUGGAAAGCGACAGCUCCACAGCCAUUGUCCCCCACGAGCUGAUCCGCACUCGGCAGCUUGAGAGUGUACAUCUGAAAUUUAACCAGGAGUCGGGGGCCCUCAUUCCUCUCUGCCUAAGGGGCAGACUCCUACACGGCCGGCACUUCACCUACAAGAGCAUCACAGGUGACAUGGCCAUCACCUUUGUGUCCACGGGAGUGGAAGGUGCCUUUGCCACUGAGGAGCACCCUUACGCAGCUCAUGGACCCUGGUUACAGAUUCUGUUGACGGAAGAGUUUGUAGAGAAAAUGUUGGAAGACUUGGAAGAUCUGACUUCUCCAGAGGAAUUUAAACUGCCCAAAGAGUACAGCUGGCCUGAAAAGAAGCUCAAAGUCUCCAUCCUCCCUGAUGUGGUGUUCGACAGUCCGUUGCACUAGCCUGGGCUGGGCCCUGCAGGGGCCAAGAGGGGUCAGCGGCUCCCAGUGACUUCAGUGUGACAGCUGUGUAAAGGAGAUGCCUGCGAAUAAAAGGACAAGUGUGAGGAGGACCGCAGAGUGAGUGCUGCACCCGCCACAGGCCCCACCUCACCUCCAGCUCAGGGGCCUCACUCCCAGCUGCCAAGCCCACGUGACCGGGCCUCCAUCCUACAUGCCAGUGAGUGAGUGAGGCUGCACCUGUGAGCCUCCUCACCCACCUGCUGCUGCCACAGGCUCAGCUGAUGUGCUCCGAGGAAGAGACAGCCUUGCCAUACAGCCAGGCGUGCCUGCCUAGCACACACGCGGAUGCACUGCCCAGUUCAACCCCAGCGAGCCUUUGCGCGGUCAGGCUGCUCCAGCCUGUGGAACGAUUGCUCCUGUCACGAUUGUUUUUCCUUCCUUAGUUUGUUGUGGAAACCGGAUGGUCUUUUUAUUGCUCAGCAGAGAUGGUCCAGAAGCCAUGUCUAUAGUGGAUUUUAAACAGGACUUUCCUUAGAUGAACUUUGUCAUUCUCUUAGACAGGGGUCUGGGGGCUCUGCCUCCCCCACACCCUCUGCCCAAGAAGGUGCCUGGUGCUGUCUGUCAGCUCUGAGCCCUGGAGGAGCCUGAGAUAGGGAACAGCCUUGGGGCCAGAUAUGCUAUGGCCUAGAAGGGCGCCACUGCCUUCCAGAUGAACUAGGCUUCUGCAAGGCUCUGAGGACAGUAGGGACUCAAGGACAUGGUGGCCCCAGCUAUGUCUUCCAGCCCUUUUCUACCCAACCAGGCCUGCCAAGGAGAGGGUAAAGGCCACUGCCCCUCAUCCUGCUCCUCAGGGCCUCCAGCUCUUUGAUUCCCCCUGUCCCCUGGAUUCGCAGCCCCCCUGGGCUGUAAGGACUUUAGCUUAUUAAAAACGGAAAAGUCAACCUCUCAUCGUCCCUUUCAUGUUAAUUCUGCUGACACUGCUCUCUGUGGCCCUCUAUCCUUCCCACAUCCAUUCUUUACUCAUUCUUCAUCCUUGCCUUUUCCUGUAGCCUGGCCCCUUGUGUGGGCCUCAUUCUUUUUUUCUUUUUCAAGACAGGGUUUCUAUGUAGCUUUGGAG